UGGAUUGCCCUGGUCCUGGAUAGGGUUUACUUCAGCGGAAGCUGUGUGAAUCAGAUGGGUGUUGUCCUGUCCAGUCAUAACAAUACAGUACUAUUAAAGUAACUGUGCUCUACCGAAUCCAGUCAUCCAAACUCUGUAUCCAGACUCCAGUCAUUCUAAGACAGCAUGGUGUACCACCCCGAGUUUGAGCGAGCAGGCAAAGAGCCUGGGCUCCAGGUGUGGAGAAUCGAGAAGUUUGAUUUGGUUGCUGUUCCCCAGAACCUUUAUGGAGGGUUCUACACAGGAGACGCCUACUAUCUCAAUACCAUCAAACAACGUUCAGGCAACUUACAAUAUGACCUCCACUUCUGGUUGGGUGAUUACUGCACUCAGGAUGAGAGUGGGGCAGCUGCCAUUUUCACAGUGCAGAUGGAUGACUAUCUGGGUGGAAAACCCAUCCAGUACCGUGAAGUGCAAGGCCAUGAGUCUGAAGCUUUCCUGGGCUACUUUAAGAAAGGAAUACAGUACAUGAAAGGUGGAGUUGCUUCUGGGUUCAAGCAUGUGGUUACCAAUGAAGUUAUAAUGCAGCGUGUGCUGCAUGUCAAAGGUCGACGUGUCAUCAGGGCAACAGAGGUACCAGUCUCCUGGGACAGCUUCAACCAGGGAGACUGCUUUAUUCUGGACUUGGGCAAUGAGAUCUAUCAGUGGUGCGGUUCAGAGAGCAACCGCUUUGAGAAGCUAAAAGCUACUCAACUCGCGAAAGGCAUUCGUGACAAUGAACGCAGUGGUCGUGCUCGGGUGUACGUUUGCGAUGAAGGAAUGGAACGAGAGAAGAUGUUGCAGGUUCUUGGAGAAAAGCCAGACCUGCCUGAAGGAGCAUCUGAUGACAUCCAGGCUGACGCCUCCAAUAGGAAGAUGGCCAAACUAUAUAAGGUGUCGGACGCCGGUGGAAAUAUGGCAAUUGCUCUGGUGGCCGCUGAGAACCCCUUCUCCCAGAGCGCGCUAGAAUCAAGCGACUGUUUCAUCCUGGACCACGGCUCGGAUGGCAGGAUCUUUGUUUGGAAAGGCAAAGAUGCCAAUAUGGAGGAACGAAAGGCUGCCAUGAAGGGAGCUGAUGAGUUCAUUAAGAAAAUGGGUUACCCCAAGCAUACGCAGGUGCAGAUUCUUCCAGAGAUGGGCGAGACUCCUCUAUUCAAGCAGUUCUUUAAAAAAUGGACUGAUGUGGACCAGACGGAGGGCUUGGGUGUGGCUCACGUCUCCAACAGCAUCGCUAAGAUUGAGAAGGUGCCAUUUGACGCCUCCACCCUGCAUGAUUCUCCGGCCAUGGCUGCUCAGCAUGGCAUGAUCGAUGAUGGCAAUGGAGAGAAACAGAUCUGGCGUAUCGAAGGGGCAGACAAGGUUCCAGUAGACCCCUCUACUUAUGGCCAGUUCUAUGGUGGAGACAGUUACAUUAUCCUUUACAAUUAUCACCAUGGAGGCAGACAAGGCCACAUUAUCUACAUCUGGCAGGGUAAGGAUUCAUCACAAGAUGAGAUCGGGGCAUCUGCCAUCUUAGGGGCCCAGCUGGACGAUGAGCUUGGAGGUGGACCUGUACAGGCACGGGUGGUCCAGGGUAAGGAACCAGCUCACCUGAUGAGUCUGUUCGGAGGAAAGCCCAUGGUGGUGCACAAGGGUGGCACCUCCAGGGAAGGUGGUCAGACGGCACCAGCCGAGACACGCCUGUUCCAAGUGCGCUCUAACUCUGCAGGGUCCUCGCGAGCUGUGGAGAUCGAUGCAGAGACUUCCAAUCUGAACUCCAAUGACGCUUUCGUCCUGGUGACCCCAGACGGUUCUUUCUUGUGGGUGGGACGUGGAGCCAGCGAUACAGAGAAACAUGGGGCAAAGCAGCUGUGUGACAUUCUUGGAGUUUCACCCUCAUUGUUGAAUGAAGGAGGAGAAAACAACGGCUUCUGGAACGCUCUGGGAGGAAAAGCAGACUACCGCACAUCAUCCAGGCUGAAGGACAAGAUGAAUGCCCACCCGCCAAGACUGUUUGCCUGCUCUAACAAAACCGGCAACUUCAUUAUUGAGGAGGUGCCUGGAGAGAUGACCCAAGAAGACCUGGCUACAGAUGAUGUCAUGAUCCUUGAUACCUGGGACCAGGUGUUUGUUUGGAUCGGUAAUGAGGCUCAUGAUGAGGAGAAGACUGAAGCUAUGACUUCAGCUGCCCAAUACAUUCAGACCGACCCAGCUAACCGUGACCUGCGCACAUCCAUCGUGAAGAUCAAACAGGGCUUUGAGCCGCCCACUUUCACAGGCUGGUUUCUGGGCUGGGACCACGAUUAUUGGACCACCGACCCCCUGGAAAGAGCCAUGGCUGAGCUUGAGCUGUAAACCUUGACUUCUGGCCCUUCAGCUAUACUUCUUUACUGCAAGCUGAUCAAAACUGCCUUUAGAUCUAAAACCAUCUAGAGCACGAAAGAUGGACCUAGAUCAGAAUAAAAGGGCAAUUUUUAAUAAGACACCUUACUGCCCCUCCCCAUUUUUAUUCAUUCUUAACCUGGUUGCUUUAUAUUUAAGCGUUUGUCACCUGCACUGCAAUGUUACUUUAAUGUUAAUUUAAACUGUAAAAUGCUUUUGCGUUGAUCUGGUUUAAACACCCGACUCUAAUGAAGUGCAUCAGAUGAAAACGCACAUGGUCAUCCUCAUAGACGGUUUCAUAUUAACAACAUAAACAAACGUAACUGCGCAUGCGCACUUAUGUGACCCCAACUUAACUUCCGGUACACAUUCACAAACAAAAGCGUGCCUGUAGGUUACUAUUAUUUUUUCUAGUCAUUGUCAAAAGCAAACAAAUAAAACGUGCUACCUAGCACUAGUAAUGCGGUCAGGGGGUAACUUUCUGCCUCCUCCACCUAAGCUCCGCCUACAAAAACGCGUCACAAUGUUUUCUAACAGAAUAGGCGUCUAUAAAAAUGUGUCAAGCUUUUUGUUUUCAACUUUUGUAUACUGUUUUACUUGCAACAGUAGCCUAUAGUGUCUUAGUUCAAUUAGAAAUGUUAUAUUUUAGAUAAAGGAAUUUGUUGUUUACAGUGGCACCAUAAUACAAAUAAACAGUAUGCUAUAGAAAAGUAUAUUUUAUAUUAUAAGUGAGACAAAAAUAUAGCGGGAAGUAUGAAGUGUGUACUGUACAGUAUUCAGUAAGCAUUAGCAUACAAGUAUUCCAUUCUUAACAUAGCCACGAUCAUGCCACUAUAAACAAUGACGCAUUUUAACCAGCAGGGGGAGCUGUGAAAAUCCUGUAAUUCUGCCUUCAAUCUAAUUCAAUGUGUUAUUUCGUUUCACUUAUUGAUUUGUGAUUUAAAUGUAUGACUAGGCUUAAUCCAUCAUCAGUUUCAGAAAGUUUAAGUGGACAAAUCUCAGCAUUGGUCAACAUAUCCUAUGCAGUGUUAAAAGUGAAAGGGCUAAGUCCCUGCCUUAUGUCUACUUAUGGAGCAUAAAUAGUGACAUACUUGUUAACAUAUGGGGGUAGGUUCACAGGCUAGGGCAAUGUAAGCCAUUCUCCUCUAUGCAGAGCCCAUAUCAUGCAAUAGUUGCUGUUGAAAUUGACCAGAGACUGAAACACGUCUAUCUAGAUAGUGCUGCUUUUGCCAUGCAUAUUGUAUUGUACCGAAAAUGAUGGAAAUGGUAGUAAAAUAAAGAACCACAACCCCAA